AUGACUAGAAAUAUAGCGUUGAAAUGUAGAGGAGAGACAAAAGUGGGCAACGGAUCCGACAAACUCAUAAGAUUCUGUAUAUCAAAAGUCAUUGGAGAGCAGAUUGGGACUGAUAUUCUCCGACUACUAAUAAAAAAGGAAUCGCCAAAAGCGAGUCACAAACAAGUGGUGCCGACUUUCUUCCAGCGCCCCGUAAUAUAUCGGUUGUACUCAUCC